GCAGAAGCUAACAUCGAAGCCACGCCCCUCCAGAGAGGUUGCUCUGUGGCAGAGGGACAGACAGCUGCUGUCUUUCAGUGUCAGGUGGAAUAGGGUUGAGGCUUCAGCCCAACACCUUUCUAGAGGAGCGUCCCACAGCCUUCCCUCAUGAUGGCCAGAGGCAGGUUUCCUACACUCUACUUCCUGUGCUUCUGACACCAGCUAGUCGCUAGGACCGGGGGACCGAGAGUCUGUGAGCUCACCUUGGUAGUGCUGUCUCUCCCACUGGAGCCACUAAGGGGAGAGGGGUGGUGUGCUCGCUCAGCCCCUCCUGUGCCUCCCUGACCUUGUCCACCUCUCGCCCCCAGGGGAUUAGUGUCUAGGUUACCUCUGCAGUGCUGCCACCCACCACCCAGUGGCCUUGCCACCCCCACAACCCACAGGUAUAAAGCCAGGUAGACGAGGUAGGGGUGGCGCCAAGGAUGGAGACGCUCCAGGUAAGACCAUAGGGCCCCUGACCACCGUCCACCUCCAUCCUGGACAUAAUUGGCACAAAGAGGGGCAGACUCCUGUAACCUGGUAAAGAAGGCCUGUUUUCUAGAAGGGUGUGACAGCCAGCAGGCUCCAGAUGGGGCUUAAGGGUGGGUAUGUGAAAUGGGACAUCUGGGGUCCCUUGGGCCGUGGGGGGUCCAGAAUGGAAGAUAUCCAGCAGGGUCCCUGCAUCCUUGAAUGCGGUAUCUUAGGGAAUGGGAGGAUAAGGGCUCAGGGCGGAGGUCUCAGGCAGGAUCUGAGGCACUGGUCUUGUCCCAGGGGCUGCUGCUGUGGCUGCUGCUGAGCAUGGGUGGGGCGUGGGCGUCCAGGGGGCCACUGCGGCCGCUGUGCCGGCCCAUCAACGCCACCCUGGCUGCCGAGAACGAGGCCUGCCCCAUCUGCAUCACCUUCACCACCAGCAUCUGCGCCGGCUACUGCCCCAGCAUGGUGCGGGUGCUGCCAGCCGCCCUGCCCCCCGUGCCGCAGCCGGUGUGCACCUACCGUGAGCUGCGCUUCGCCUCCAUCCGGCUCCCCGGCUGCCCGCCUGGCGUGGACCCCAUGGUCUCCUUCCCCGUGGCCCUCAGCUGUCACUGUGGGGCCUGCCGCCUCAGCAGCUCUGACUGCGGGGGUCCCAGAGCCCAACCCUUUGCCUGUGACCACCCCCAUCUCCCAAGCCUCCUGCUCCUCUAAAGACUCCAACCUUCCACGCCCACCCCAAUGGAGCCAGCAGACGCUCCAUUCUCCCACCUCCCCAAUAAAGCCUUCUCAAUCUGCA